ACUUUAUCUGCGCCAGCCUGCAGGGCCCAACACACCAUGGAUGAUCGGUUUCUGCCAGUGUUGCUGCUCCUGCUGGGUGUCUCAGGCUCAUGGGGACAGGGAGAGGAGCCGGGGGGUCCCCCAGAGGUGCUUUCUGAGGAGUCCAUUGGGGAAGAAGUCCCCGAGGAGGAUGGAAUCUUGGUUUUGAACCACCAAACCCUGAGCCUGGCACUACAGGAGCAUUCAGCCCUGAUGGUGGAGUUUUAUGCCCCAUGGUGUGGUCACUGCAAGGCACUAGCUCCUGAGUACAGCAAGGCAGCUGCCCUGCUGGCAGCUGAGUCAGCCGCGGUCACCUUGGCCAAGGUGGAUGGGCCUGCGGAACCAGAGCUGACCAAGGAGUUUGGAGUGGUAGGGUACCCUACACUCAAGUUCUUCCAGAAUGGAAACCGCACAAACCCAGAAGAAUACAUAGGGCCCAAGAAAGCUGAGGGCAUUGCUGAGUGGCUGAGGCGGCGAGUGGGGCCCAGCGCCACACGUCUGGAGGAUGAGGAAGGUGUCCAGGCACUGAUGGCCAAAUGGGAUAUGGUGGUCAUUGGCUUCUUUCAGGAUCUACAGGAAGAGGAUGUGGCAACUUUCCUGGCCUUGGCCAGGGAUGCUCUGGACAUGGCCUUUGGCUUCACUGACCAGCCACAGCUUUUUGAGAAGUUUGGCCUCACCAAGGACACUGUGGUCCUUUUCAAGAAGUUUGAUGAGGGUCGGGCCGACUUCCCGGUAGACAAGGAGGCUGGCCUGGACCUGGGGGACCUGUCCCGCUUCCUCAUCACACACAGCAUGCACCUGGUCACAGAAUUCAACAGCCAGACAUCACCUAAGAUCUUUGCAGCCAGGAUCCUCAACCACCUGCUGCUGUUUGUGAACCAGACACUAGCUCAGCACAGGGAGCUACUGACAGGCUUCAGGGAGGCAGCUCCUCCAUUCCGGGGGCAGGUGUUGUUCGUGAUGGUGGAUGUGGCCGCUGACAACAGCCAUGUGCUAAAUUAUUUUGGCCUCAAGGCUGAGGAAGCCCCCACCCUGCGUCUGAUUAAUGUUGAGACUACCAAGAAGUAUGCACCUAAAGGGGUGAUACCCAUCACUGCAGCUUCUGUGGCUGCAUUCUGCCAGGCAGUCCUCCAUGGGGAAGUCAAGCACUAUCUCCUGAGCCAGGAGAUACCCCCCGACUGGGACCAGCGGCCAGUCAAGACUCUUGUGAGCAAAAAUUUUGAGCAGGUUGCCUUUGAUGAAACCAAGAAUGUGUUUGUCAAGUUCUAUGCCCCAUGGUGCAGCCACUGCAAGGAGAUGGCUCCAGCCUGGGAGGCACUGGCAGAGAAGUACAGGGAUCGUGAGGACAUUGUCAUUGCUGAGAUGGAUGCUACAGCUAACGAGCUGGAGGCCUUCUCUGUGCAUGGCUAUCCCACUCUCAAGUUCUUCCCUGCAGGACCUGACCGAAAGGUGAAGGGACAGAGGUGGGUGGGGAGUGGACUACUACUCCAAAGCUGGCUCCAGGCUGGGGAACAUCCCCUCAAGUCAUCAUCUUCUCAGAUUAUAGAAUACAAAAGCACCAGGGACCUAGAGACAUUCUCCAAGUUCCUGGACAGAGGAGGUGACCUGCCUGAGGAAGAAUCCAAGGAGCCUGCAGUCUCUGCCCCAGAAGCACAACCCAAUUCCACCUUGGGUCCCAAGGAGGAGCUGUAGCCAUUGGGACACUGUAUUCCAGAGAGUGGUGUCCUCACUCAGGUGCAGGAGGGAGCUGUGCACUAUGAAUAAACAUGCUGUCCCAGA